GGAAGGAGUAUAGAGAGAGAAAGAAAAGUAGAGAGAGAGAGAGAGAGAGGAAACCCUUUUUUUAGUAAGAGACAGUGGACCUGAAAGAGGGGAAGGCAAUUCCAAAAUGAAAUGAAAUUUUUUUUCAAAAUAUUCACGGAGGGAGUGAGAAAUGGAGUUUCCAAAUAGAUUUUUCUAAUUGAUUGGAAAUGUUCCUUAUUUAUUUUUCUAUGAUGUGGAUUGGUUUUUCUGGAAGUUUGUGAGAAAGGCCACCACUCCUCUCUCUGUCUUUCUUCUAUAAAUCACUCACUAUCCACCUUUCUCCAACCCCUCCCCAGUCCCCUCUAAAGCUUUUGAUUCUGAAAUCUAGAGAGAGAAAGAGUUUGUGUUAGAGUGAGAAAGUUAUGGAGGAUGUGGCUUCUUUUUGGGGUUAUGAUCAAGAGAACGUGAAUGAAUUGAAGCAGAAGCUUAUGUUUGCCACUAUUGAACUGGAAACAGUGAGAAUGGAAGCAAGUAAUGAAAUGACAAAGAGCCAGGAGCAUGUGAAGCAUUUGCUUCAACUACUGAAAAUUGCUUUUAACGAAAGAGAUGAAGCAAGAGAUCAACUGCAGAAGCUACUGAACAAAGUCGCACCUUCUUCUACGCCAUCCGAAUUCCUCAAUGUUCUUCCUCUACAGCAAUACGAAAGCCCCCUCGUAAACACCACAAAAGCAAACUCAAGUAUAACUGAAUCCAACAGUCUCUCCGAGACAUACAAUUACAAGUCACGCGGUUCAUCCCCGGUUGAGUCCUUGUUUGAUGCUGUCCCAUCUCCGGAACUGUCAAACAUAGACGUUGGUGAUUCGAGAAACUUGGCGUUUGUAAACCAUCCCUUAGUUCAAGACCUUAGUGGCACUGUGUCAACCGGUCUAGUCCCUUCAGGGAUACCUAAAAUCGAUCAUGCUUCUAUGGUAAUUGAUAAUCUAGCCAAGGGAAGAACUCUGCCACAGAAAGGAAAACUCCUGCACGCUGUUUUGGAGGCAGGGCCCCUUCUACAGACACUGCUCGUGGCUGGUCCACUUCCUCAAUGGCGCAAUCCUCCCCCACUGCAACCAUUUCAAAUUCCACCUGUUUCGAUUAAAGGCUGUGACGUUGAAUUAGUGACUCAAAAACCGGUUGCAAAUUCAAGCUAUGUUGUUCCGAAACCAUUGAAUUCAUCACCAUAUGUUGAGAUGUCUUGUGGGACUUCUCAAAUGUUGUCUACAUCUAUGUUGAAUUUUGCAAGUGUUUCUUCUGGUUCAUGUCUGGGCAAUGGAAGGUUGAUAUCUGCUGGCGCCAAUACUAACGUUCACUUCCCAACUGGCAAGCGGCAAAGGUUCCAAUGAGAUCAUGAACAGAGCUGUGCUUCCUUUUUGUAUAAAUGAGAUUUUGUGUGGUUCGAUGGUGUAAAUUGGGGGAUAAUUGUUUUUGGUUUUGAAUGACAUAGCUGUUUGACUUUUCCUGUCAAUGUCGUUUUCUUGUUAUCUUCAAUAUAUUCAAGAUUAUGUAUUUGAAGAAAA